GUUUAUGAUGUCCGUUUACGGAUGAGGCUGGGCGAGGGUACACGAACUGCCCAAAGGUACAGAGCAAAUUAACUGAAAGCGCGAAGAUUCGUGUACGAUUCAAAAUCUGCGUGUGGCCGAGCUAAAUGCGCUUCAGAUGAUAAGGGCCAUUUUACUACAACGAAAGGCUUAUGGGGGUGGAGGUUCGUAUGAGGAGGGGAGCAGAGGAGUUGGCGAGAAGGAGGCGGCGGCGCUGGAGCGUUCCUCUCGGGGACCGGCCGACCUGGGGAGCGAGGACGUCGAUCCGCACCGCUCUUCUAGCCGCCGAGCCCUCCCUCCUCGCCGGGUCCCGGAGCUGGCCUAGCGCCGCGGGCCCGCCGCCGGAGCGCGAGCACAGCGGGGCCUUCAGUGUGGGGGAGAUGGUGACAGCUAGCCCAGGGAAAACACCGAUCCAGGUAUUGCACGAAUACGGCAUGAAGACCAAGAACAUCCCGGUGUAUGAAUGUGAAGGGUCCGAUAUGCAAAUCCACGUGCCCACUUUCACCUUCAGAGUAACCGUUGGUGACAUAAGCUGCACGGGUGAAGGUACAAGUAAGAAGCUGGCGAAACACAGAGCUGCAGAGGCUGCCAUCAACAUUUUGGAAGCCAAUGCAAGUAUUUGCUUUGCAGUUCCUGACCCCUUAAUGGCCGACCCUUCCAAGCAACCAGCGAACCAGCUUAAUCCUAUUGGUUCAUUACAGGAAUUGGCUAUUCAUCAUGGCUGGAGACUUCCCGAGUAUACCCUUUCCCAGGAGGGAGGACCGGCUCAUAAGAGAGAAUACACCACAGUCUGCAAGCUCGAGUCAUUUAUGGAAACCGGAAAGGGGGCAUCAAAAAAACAAGCCAAGAGAAAUGCUGCUGAGAAAUUUCUUGCCAAAUUCAGUAACAUUUCUCCAGAGAACCACACUUCUUUAACAAACUUGGUAGGACAUUCCUUAGGAUGCACUUGGCACUCCUUGAGGAGUUCCCCCGGUGAAAAGAUCAACCUGCUGAAAAGAAGCCUCCUCAGUGUUCCCACCACGAAUUACAUCCAGCUGCUCAGUGAAAUCGCCAAGGAACAGGGUUUUAAUAUAACAUAUUUGGAUAUAGAAGAACUGAGUGCCGACGGACAGUACCAGUGCCUCGUGGAACUGUCCACCAGUCCUGUCACCGUCUGCCACGGCUCUGGGAUCUCCUGCAGCCACGCACAGAGUGAUGCCGCCCACAAUGCUUUGCAGUACUUAAAGAUAAUAGCAGAAAGAAAGUAAACAUGCAACAACCUAGAAAACCCUGCAGCAGCACAUAAAAUGUCCCUUUCACCCCUUCCCAAGUAACACGUUUACUGUAAUGUUUGAGUUUUGUGUGUUGUUUCUAAAUCUCUUUCAUAGAUUCCAUCAACACUACAGAUUUCAUUAUCUCCUCGUUGUUACUAAACUCUCUUUAAUGGCUUCAACUUUGUGUUGGUAUAUUGUAUUUAUAAACUUUGUACCACAGGCAGAGUGUAGCACCCAUUUGGCAAUGCCAUGUAAUAGGAGGAGGAAGAUGCAUGUGUAUUGAUGAUGACGAAGAUGAUGAAAUAAAACUGCUAACAACAACAA